AUGAGUUCCAUAAGCAUUUUCAGCUCCGGCGAAAGCGAGAAAAGAUGGGUUCUCGCAAUGGAGAAGAAUUUCCCACAUGACCACAUUCUCGAUAUAGAUUUCAACACCCCUCCUUGCGUCUUCACACUACCCAAAACCUUAUCCCAAUCCAAACCCGAAGCCUACACCCCUCAGCUCCUCGGCCUCGGCCCCUACCACCACCUCCGCCCCGACCUCUACUCAACCACCACCCACAACCUAAAACUCGCCGCCGUCACCGAAUUCCUCGGCACCGAGAACCUCCACAAAUUUCCGCAUGUCGUCGACGCCCUCGUCCAGUCGGAGCCUCUUCUCCGGUCAUGCUACGACCAGUACAUCGACCUCGACAUCCGAACACUGUCGUGGAUUCUCGCCAUUGAUGCCGUGUUUUUACUACACUUGUUGAAAAGUUAUUCCCCACGUGACGCUAAAAUGGAAACGGAUAUUCUAAUGGUGGAGAAUCAGAUCCCAGCCGUUCUGCUCCGGAAAAUCCGGCAGGUUCUUGAACCACCUGAUGCAGAUGGGAACUCUACAUUGUACGAGGAAUUCCAUUUUUUCUGUCAGAACCAUUCGCCUCUCCAACUGAACGAGCACAUAAAGGGAGACAUAAAUCAAGUCCACCUACUACACCACAUGUAUUAUUUGAUUGUGAACAACGUUACUAUCCAGAGUCCCUUCAGCACAUAUUCCCUCCAGUUGACUGACGUCAUCGAUGGGGCCCACUUUCUGGCGGACCAAGGCUUGCCCGGCGCAGGAAUAACUGCGCAAGUUCUAACUUUCAUGCAGAAGAUUCCGUGGGAUAAAAUUUUAGGCAUGUUCAAGAAAGGGAACUCGGACGAACAGAACAACAACCCUUCCGUCGAAGAGAUUGAUAUUCCUUCCGUUUCUCGAAUGAGUCGACUCGCUGGUAUAAAGUUCGCGCAACUCACGAGCGGUGGGAUCAGAGAGAUUAGAUUCGACGAGGGCGAGAAGAAGUUCUAUCUCCCUAUUAUUAAACUGACUGCUUCUUCGGAAGUGGUGCUGAGGAAUUUGGUGGCGUACGAAGCAGCUUCGAUCACCGAACCAGGGUCGACACUCGAGUUUGCGGAGUAUGUGGAUUUGAUGUGUGGGAUUGUGGAUAGCGCCAAAGAUGUGGAUAUUCUGAAAAGGGAGAAUAUUGUGGAGAGCGAAUUGAGCGACGAAGAAGUUGCGCGCAUUUUUAACGGGAUUAGUAAAUCGAUGAAAAAGAGCGAGAAUAAAUCGAAUAUCGAGGAGGCCAUUGACAGUGUGAACACGAGAUACGACAACGUAUGCGGUGUUAGGGUAAAAAGAUUUGCCGUGAAAUACGGGUGUGCUUUGUUCAAGUUUGUUAGUUUGGUUAUCUCCAUUGUCGUAUUAGUGUUGCUUAUAUUACGCGCGUUUUGCUCUGUUUUCGGGUGUCGGAGCUUGUUUGGAGAAAUAUUCACGGCACAAAAUCGCAAUCUUGUGUUGUCAUCGUAUUAG